AUGGAGUUCAGCGAUUCACUUCUUGGUUGUUACAUUUCUAAACCCAUUAACCUAAGACAAUUUAGAACUGAGAAUGCUUAUAAAGUUGAUCAAGUUAAAAUGUCAAAAGUCACUGAUCGUCUAGUAUAUGAAAAAUUGAAAUCAAUUAAUCCAGAUAUUGAUUUAACUGAUUUACCAGUAGAGGUAAAAAAAUGGGAUGAAGAAUUACAGAAAUAUAAUUUUCAAGAUAUUUUUGAUUCGCCAGAUUCAUUAUGUGCUCGUUAUGUAUUUCCUAUCUACGACACUAUUAGUAAUGAACUUCAAACGCAUAAUGUUAUGAAAAGUGAUUUCUAUCAGACUAAGAGAACUAAAUUAUAUACUCCUCUACCCAGCUUUACUCCAAGAGGAAAUAUUUUGCCAGGUGAAACUUUAUUAAUAACAGUUUCAAUUUAUUAUCCUUUUCAUUGGACGCAACAUCAAGUUCCUGAUGAAGCUGUUAUUCCACGUUGUCAAAAAACACUUCAAUUUUAUGACACACAAACUCUUUAUGAAUUGAAACAAGGAUUUAAAUGUGAAAAUGAAGAAAGUGAAAUCAGUGGCGAUAUAAGCAAAGACCCUCAUAAACCAUUAGAAUUCAUAGCAAACUCAGAUUUGAAGCAUGGAUUAUUUUACAUCAAUAACAAUUUAUAUGUCGACUCUUUACCUGAUAGAAGUACAUUGAUGCAUGCCGAAACAAUGAAAAGUUGGGCUAGUCGUAAUGGGCACACUAUUCAAAAUAUAUUAUCAAUGGAUACACAACUUUUAGACUUGGAGGUAUGCAUCGGUCAACCCUAUGUUUACCAACAUUUAGGACGUUGUGAACAUCUGUUUAUAUUUAAUGAAAUCAACAUUGCUAAAUCUAAUGAUUGUCUUGGUCAGUCCAAUUAUCCAAGAGUCAUAAGUGUAGCAAAGGACAAAUUAAAGAACUGUAUCUUUUGCAUAAAAAAUAUUGCUAGUAUUGUUAUGCUGAACGAUGAUGAAAGAACCCCAUUUACUGUAAAUCAUAUGUGUGAAUCUUGUUUUAAAUCAUAUAACUAUGAUCAUUUAGAUGAUAAAGUGUCGAAUUUUAAAGCUUAUAGAGGUAUAAAAUGGAAAAAAUAA